AUGGAUGACUCCAAGACGAUUCGGUUGAGCCGAGUAUCCAAGCAUGUCGGGAUCGGGUUGCCCGAGACUGUAGCGGCAGAACAGGAUGGCAAUGAAGAUCAAACAAAUCGACGUACUCCAACUGCACAUGCCGUCCUCAGGAGGAAUAUACUACCUCUCCGGCGGCCGCGGGUAUCGCAGCUUCGACGGUACAUUCGUCCGCAUAACAACCGAGUGCGGACUCGAGGGCUGGGGCGAAAGCACCCCAUUCGGGGCAACCUUCUCGCAUCCCAUGCCUUGGGUGUGCGCGCCGGUAUCGCCGAGAUUGCACCGAGACUCAUCGGUCUCGAUCCGCGGAGGGUUGAUCGAAUUAACGACAUCGUGGACGGGGCAUUACUAGGCCACGAGCACGCAAAGGCCGCAUUGGAUAUUGCAUGUUGGGAUAUCUUCGGCAAAUCCACGGGCCUUCCGGUUUGUGAGCUUCUCGCAGGUCGUACCGACGUGAAGAUACCCAUUCUAACAUCUCUCCCUGUGCGCGGACCCGACGGGAUGCGGGCACUUGUCGAGGCAUACAGAGAGAAAGGCUCAAGGGGCUUCUCGGUCAAAAUCGGCGGAGAUCCAGUCGUCGAUGCGCAGCGCAUCGUCGAGGCAUUCAAAGACAAGAAGCCCGACGAGUGGUUUGUCGUCGACGCCAACGGAGGUUUCACCGUUGAAGGCGCAUUAAGGAUGUUGAGACUGUUACCAGACGGUCUAGACUUUUCUUUCGAAGCGCCAUGUCAAACAUGGAGGGACUGUCUCUCUUUACGCCGUCGGACCAAUAUCCCGGUUAUCCAGGACGAGCUGGCACUUACCGAGACGUUUAUGAUCCAGAUGAUCGCCGACGAUGCAGGCGAGGGAAUUAACCUCAAGGUCCAGAACUUCGGCGGUCUAACCAAGGCGCGUCGUGUGCGCGAUCUUUCUAUCGCUGCCGGGUAUGUAAUGAGUGUACAAGAGACAUGCGGGUCCGACAUUGGAUUCGCUCCGCUGGUUCACCUUGCCCAGACAAUUCCAGAAAAGCCUCUCCGGUGUGUUCUGGCCAGCCGGGAUAUGAUUUCUGUCACAACAGCAGAUGGGCCGUUUGAUAUUGUCGAUGGUUGGAUUACAGCGCCUGCAGUGCCUGGACUGGGCAUUACUCCUCGGAUGGACGUGUUGGGAGAGCCAGUUGCAGGUUAUUUUUAA